AGAAAUUGUAUGAAGUUAUUAUUUAAUUUAGAGAUACUUCAGUGUAAUUAGAUAAUUAAGAACUCAUUAUUUUUUCAUAAAAUAUUACGUUACUCCCUAGUGGUCAAUGUAUCACAGAAAUAUUAUGCUUUUCACUCGAGUGAAAUAAGAGGGACAAAAUAUUAGAAAGAGGAGCAAAAAAAUUCUGCACAAUGAACGUAAUUCAGGCAAUAAAAAUGUAUAUCAUUAAAAUGACGGAAGAAAGUGGUCCUGGAAUGAAAGUGAUACUUAUGGACAAAGAAACGACAAGCAUUGUGAGCAUGGUUUUCAGUCAAUCUGAAAUUCUACAAAAAGAAGUUUAUUUAUUUGAAAGAAUAGAUAAUCACACAAAAUGGGACAAUUUGAAACACAUGAAGUGCAUUGCAUUCCUGAGGCCAACAUCUGAGAACAUUGCUCUCCUGUCUCGGGAACUGAAAUGCCCUAAAUAUGGAGUUUAUUUUAUUUACUUCAGUAAUGUGAUAGCCAAAGCUGAUGUGAAGACACUGGCGGAGUGUGAUGAACAGGAGAGUGUGCGUGAGGUGCAGGAGGUGUUUGCCGACUAUCUGGCUGUGGAUCCACAUCUCUUCUCCUUCAACAUAGUUGGAUGUUUGCAUGGACGUUCAUGGAACCAGAUCCACUUGCAGCGUGUCUCACAAGGUCUUUUAGCAGUUCUAUUAUCAUUGAAGAAGAGGCCAAUAGUCCGCUAUGAAGGUGGUUCGGAAGCUUGUGCCCGACUCGCGGAAAGAGUUAGAGACUUGGUCCGACGAGAGGCGGCACUGUUUGAUAACAAUGUGCCAGUGAAUGGAGACUCCCCACCGCAGUUGCUUAUAUUAGACAGAAGGGAUGAUCCUGUCACACCAUUGUUGACUCAGUGGACGUACCAGGCGAUGGUACACGAGCUGCUGACGAUCAACAACAGCCGCGUGAGUCUGGCGCACGUGCCCGACGUGCCCAAGGACUUCCGAGAAGUCGUGCUCUCAUCGCAACACGACGACUUCUACGCUAAGAACCUGUACUCGAACUUCGGCGAGAUCGGUCAGACGAUGAAGGCGCUGAUGGAGGAGUUCCAGCGCAAGGCCAAGAGCCACCAGAAGGUUGAGAGCAUCGCAGACAUGAAGAACUUCGUCGAGACUUACCCCCUCUUCAAGAAAAUGUCCGGCACGGUGACGAAGCACGUGAGCGUCGUCAGCGAGCUGUCGAACGCGGUGGCGCGGCGGAAACUGCUCGUGGCCUCCGAGCUGGAGCAGCAGCUCGCCUGCGGGGGAGACCAUCCCAAGCAGCUUCAGCAGCUGAAGACGCUGCUGGCCGACAAGGAGAUGGGUGAAGGGGAGCUGGCCCGUUUAGUCGCGUUGUAUGGACUUAGGUACGAGAAGCACGCGGGGGCGGAGCUCCCUUCGCUGGUGGAGGCGCUGAAGGCGCGGUCGGCGGACGCGGCGCGGGACGCGGUGCUCGUGUUGGAGCACUGCGGCGCGCACGCCAGACAGAGCGACCUGUUCGGCCUGCAGGACGCCGCCAAGAUCACUAAGCGACUGUUUAAGGGUCUGAAGGGCGUGGAGAACAUCUACACGCAGCAUUCGCCGCUGCUGCGCGACACCCUGGAGGAGGCGCUGCGCGGCCGCCUACGCGAGCAGCACUAUCCGACACUGGGGGGCGCCGCGCCGCAGGCCAGGCCGCAGGACCUUAUUGUGUUUAUUGUGGGAGGGUGCACGUACGAGGAGGCGUUGUGCGUGCAGCAGCUGCGGCGCGCGCACCCCGCGCGGGUGCUGCUGGGCGGCACCACCGUGCACAACUCCGCCUCCUUCCUGCAGGAGGUGCGCACGGCCAUGCAGGGCCAGCACCGCACGCAUACUAGACAUAUCCGGAAUAUAUAGGCCAUAUAAUAUGGUUGGACCGAUUCUAGAGUAACGGCAGCACUUAGAGAGAUUUAAUGAUUAUGUAUUUUAAUGAGAUUGACUAAAAAACUCAAACUUCUUUUUUCAGAAUAAAUUUUUACAAAUAUUUUCUGAACGCCGGUAACUGGUGCC